AUGGAUGUUUGCGACUUCCUCCUUGUUCGGUUUCAUUUUAAUGGGGACUUCUUGAGGAAUAGCAAUGGACUGUUUUAUGUUGGAGGUACUCAAGCUAUGUCUUAUAUAGACCGAGAUAAGUUGUCACUGCCUGAAGUUGUUGGUCAUCUCCAUGAUCAUUGCACUGUCAAAGAAGGCACAUUGUUGCAUUGGCUGUUUCCAGGGAGAGACAUGAGUACAGGCCUAAGAGCUUUGGUUGAUGACCGGGAUGCAGCAGAUGAAGCAAGUGACUACGAGCAAGAGAUGGAAGAUAAUUUAGAGGAUGAUGAGAUAGAAGAUGAAGAUUUGCAACCUAUGAGUAUUAGGAAAAUUGGAAGCAAAGAAGUAGAGAAGCAAGUUGCCCUUAUCAAACAAUUUUAUAGUAGUCCGAAUAAAGAGAAAGAACAUGCAAAUAACAUGCCGGGACAUACAUAUGGAGAUGAGAAGUCUGACACUAACAGUGAGUACAUGGCUGGAGACUCAUGCAGUUCAGGUGAUGAUGAUGAAGCGGCCCAGAUAUAUAGGAAAUUUAGGAAUUUCAAGAAGUUCAAGAGGGAUGGAGCUAAAGGGCAGUACUCACAGGCAGGCAACACACAUGCACUGAACUCAGAGGGAGGAGGUAGCUCACAGCCAGCAGGUUCUCAGUCCGCUGCUGGAGGUAACCCAAAUGCUAUUGUUGUGCUGUCUAAUACACAAAAGAGCAGCACAAGCUGUACAAAAAGGAAGUCCACAUCUGAUGUAUCUAGUACACAGAGUCAGAAAAAGGCAAAGGCAACAAACUCACAUAACAUCAUCAAAUCGAGUGCACAUGCCAGGGUUUCGACAAUUCCUUCUAGCUCAGCUACAAUUAACCUGCAAGCCAGAGUGCCCACUUCCAAUGUUAAUUCUAGUGUGCAUGUACAGUUAACUGGUGGGACUACAUCUGUUCGUGUGUCAGCUCAAGAACCGGCCAAGUUGAAGUCCAAGCCUGCUCCAAAGAGAUCUGGAACUGCUCCACUCCUGAUGCUUCCUCCAUGGCAAUCUGAUAAGCUGUGA